UGGGCCUCAAAAGGACUGGAACUGGCAACAGGGCCUCUCCAUUCUCCUCUCAGGGUCUCUCCUCCCCUUGGCAAUAUUUGCAUCUGUGUUCUUUUCCUCGGUUUCUCUUCAGACUUACUUGGUUUCCCUGGAAAAGUGGCUGCAUCUCCAACUCUGUAUCAGGACUUCCCGGCAGCUGACAACUCCCCUCUGCGUCAGUUAGUUCCAGUUCUCAAGCAAAAGAAUCUGAUUGGUUGAGCUUGGCUUAUGGUGGGAGCCCUUGGUCCAUUCAUCAAUGGCCAGACCAGGCUUGCCCUCUGUGCCAUCCAGCGGUCCCCAAGGAACCAGAGUGAUCUUCCUAAAGUGCAAGUCUGACCGUUUCAACUCUCCGAAAUCUCCCCUCCUCCUUCAGUGUGAUAAGCUCCUUAAGAGUCCCUCAAGGCCCUGCAGGAUCUGCCUGCCAUGUGCUGACCUCCAAAGCCUAUUCCUUCCUCACCUCCCCGUCCUUCACCCUGCAUUUGAGCCACCCCGUAUUGCCCUCCAUUUCCCUAAGGCAUCUCUCAUGCUUCUGUGCUGGUACACAAGCCAUCACCUCUCCAUGGGUCACCCAUUCUGUCUCAAUGAUGUCCUUCUGUGCGAAACCCUCCCAAGCCUCAAACAAUUGACCCCUCAUGUGGACACAGUCCAUCAUAGCUACCAAACAGCUUCCCAUGUGAUUCCCUGUCAGCUGAGCCAAGCACACUUUUAAGUCUCCAGUUUAAAAAAAAAAAAAAAAAGACAAGGAAAUGAAGCCUCGGGGAAUGGCAAGACUGCAACUUGAACUCGGGUCUUCUAACAUCAAGGCUACUGCUUAUUGUGCUUUCUUUGGUGGGGGAGGGAGGCAGGAGAAAGGUGAAGGGAGUAUUCAUGGAGUAGGUAGUUUCUGCCCCAGGUCUUGCUAAAGACCAGCCAACAGGACCAGGCAUCCUGGGGCAGGGCUGCCCAGACGAGCAGUUUCAGGUGCCGUGAUCCUGGAGUCAUGUACAGAGGGGUGUGUUCCCAACUUAUCCACCUGUAGAAGAGCUGAACCCUGAGGGGAAGCACUGGCCCAAGUUCAGCAAUGCAGAGAGCCAGGGAAUCCCUGCACCAAGCCAGUGGUCAGGGGGUGGUGGAGAAGACAGAGGCAAUGGCCAGAAAACUAAGAGGGCGGAAAGAACAGUCUAGGAUGGAGUUCUAAUCCUUCCAAAGAGGGAGCUAGGGAAAGUUCUUAAAGGAACUGAACCUAGAGUCAGACAGGAUCCUUAGGGGCUUACUCAUGUCAGUGUGAGUAGGAGGACUACAUUGGUCGAGAUUUUUGGUUUCAAGGGAACAAAACCCAAUUCAAACAAGCUCAAGCAAAAAGAGAGGCUUAUUGGCUCCUGUAAAUGGGAAUUUGGGCACUGCUAGAUCCAGAGGCUCAAUGUUACACCCUCUCUCCCUCUCUGCUUCUGCUUCUCUAACUCUUUGACCUCACCGCCUACUCCAGAUGGGCUCCUCCCACAUUCUUUCAGCUGCCACAGGGAAAGAUGGGUUCCCAGCUCACAUUGCCCCAAAUUAAUAACCCCAGAGAAGAAAGAGCCAAAUCUUCCAGCAACCCUAAAUAAGAGUGCAGGACAGUGGCUCAGCAGAGGUCAUAGGCUCAUUCCUUGUUCAACUGCUGUGUCCAGGGAAAUAAGGUUCUCUGAUUGGUCAGGUCUAGUUCACAUGUUUACUCCUGUGACCAGGGAGGCAGGGAGGUAGGGCCUGUUACUACAACUGACCUUUGAACAAUGUGGGGUUUAGAGGCACUGACCACCCCUCGACCACUGAGCAUUCAAAAACACACAUAUACCUUUGGACUCCCCCAAAACUUAAUUACUAACAGCCUACUGUUGACGGGAAUCCUUACUGACAACAUAGUUGAUGAACACAGAUUUUAUAUGUUAUCUGUAUUAUAUACUGUAUUCUUACAGUAAAGUAAGCUAGAAAAAAAUGUUUUAAGAAAACCGUAAAGAAGAGAAAAUACAUUUAUGGUACUAUACGUAUAUUUAUUGAAUAAUUUAUUUCAAUGUAUUUAUUGAAAUAUUUCAAUUUCAAUAUAUUUAUUGAAAAAGUCUGCAUUUAAGUGGACUCUCACACUUCAAACCCAUCUUUUCCAAGGGUCAGCUGUAGAAGAAGAGGGUGGGAAAUGUUGCUAGUCAGACAAAACCAAUAGCCACCAACUUUUGGGGGGCAUUUGUUAAAGUGAUGUGGAGAAUCUCACCGGGCUUUAGAGAUGGACAGUAUUGCCCAGCCUCCCCUGGGACUUGGGAAGCUGUCUGGACCAGAGGCAGCUCCCUGUCAAGGCAGCAUGGUCUCUCUUUCAGGGGGUCUCUGCUGCCCUCUGCACAUCUUUUCCCAUUUUUCUCUGCUGAUUGGCUCAUUCUGCUUAUAGAGUUUCUACCCCCUCUUAGCCUUAUGUUGCACAUAGCUGCAGCCUGCUGAGGCUCAUCCAGGUCUCUGUGUCGAAGUCACAUUGCCAAAGGGUAGGCAUAUUGGAGAGAGUUUGGGGCCAUCUAUGGAAACAAUCUAUCAAGUCUGGAGAAGGGCGAGUCUAAACAUACUUACCCCAAUCCUAAAAGUUUUUUAUGAUUUCCCCCUUCCUUCCACACAAGGUUUGGUUGGUUCCCCCCAGGACAUGGUGGAGGCUGGGCAUAUCCCUCCAUUCUGUACCCCCUUCCAGCCAGAUGCCCUCCAGGCUACGCCAGUGUGUUCUCACGCUGCUCCCACCCAUCUGUGCAGACGUGUAGGCUCACACAGAGAUGCCCCUUGUCUGCUUCCUGACCUGUACCUUGGGACAGGUGACAUUAGUGGCUGCACCCCGGACUCUGAACCAAGAGGGGACAGUGCGCUGGAACUCCAGGAUGGUGGUCCAGUAGUCUUUGUUUCUCAAGCUCCUUUUCUACCCUUCCUCUCUUCGCCACUUCAUAACCACCCCUAGUUCUGCAGAUGGAACCUGUGAGCGCGAGCCCCCUACUGGAAGUCCAGGGGCCAGCAAGAACCUGGGUUCGCAGUGCUGGGUGACUCCCCGGUAUGGGUCCCCGGCCAGGCUGAGGGGACCUGGUCUCGCCACUGACUUUAAAGGUCCUUCCGCCUUGGGGGGGAAUAGUUGCCCAGCUGGGCCCUCUGUUGUGCGCCCGACUAGGAGCAGAGUCCUGCUCAAGGACGGAGCUGUCCAUCCACCACCACCUCUCCCUCCGCAGAACGGACUAGGGUCUGCCAAUCGGAUUCCCAGGGCCCUGGCACCAGAGGGCAAAAAGGCGGGUUAGCUUUUGGCGGAAAGGAGGCUAGCUUUUCAUUUUCUCCUUUGAGGAUUACCAUCCUGGGAAAAAAGUUGUCAGGCCUCUCCUCUCUCCGUGCCCUCGAGCACCAGCGAAGACCACGAUCCCUGAAAUCCCGAAUCCGCCGCAGCCCGCAAGCCCAGCUUCAGGGCCCCUGCUCCUGGGAGCCCGAGAGGCCAAACCCUCGCUAGUUACCACCCCCCAUCCCGGCAUUCACUUGGGGACUCAGCUGCCCCCCAGGACACAUCCAACAUCAGCAGCCCGCCCGCAGCCGAGAGGGGGUUUAUCAAGCCCCCGCCCCCGCCACCCCGCGGCGGCUCGCGCGCGCACACUCCCCGCCGCGGCCCGCCCCCUUCUCACGCCCGCGCCGCGCCUCCGCGCCGCAGUGCAGCCCCGCCAGCGCCGCGUCCCCGCCGCCGCCCGCUCCGGCCGGCAGGGUGGCCGCGGAGCAUGGAACCCGCGGAGCUCCGGGAGCCCCGCGAGCCCGGGCGGGGGGCACAGACCGCGGCGGCCCCGUGCUGGGAGGAGACCAAGACUUUCUACGAAAACCUCACGCCCAAGAAGAAACCCAAAUCGCCCAAGCCUCAGAAUGCUGUCACCAUUGCUGUGUCCUCCCGAGCCUUGUUCCGCAUGGACGAGGAGCAGCGCAUUUACACGGAGCAGGGCGUGGAGGAGUAUGUGCGCUACCAGCUGGAACAUGAGAAUGAGCCCUUCGGUCCCGGGCCAGCCUUCCCCUUCGUGAAGGCUCUGGAGGCUGUGAACAGGCGGCUGCGGGAGCUGUACCCCGAUAGUGACGACAUCUUUGACAUCGUCCUUGUGACCAACAACCACGCUCAAGUGGGUGUCCGUCUGAUCAACAGUAUCAACCACUAUGACCUGUUCAUUGAGCGGUUCUGCAUGACAGGUGGGAACAGCCCCAUCUGCUACCUCAAGGCCUAUCACACCAACCUCUACUUGUCAGCUGAUGCGGAAAAAGUGCGGGAAGCCAUUGAUGAAGGGAUCGCAGCCGCCACCAUCUUCAGCCCCAGCAGGGAUGUGGCUGUAUCCCAGAACCAGCUGCGCGUGGCCUUCGAUGGGGAUGCUGUGCUCUUCUCGGAUGAGUCGGAGCGCAUCGUCAAGGCCCACGGGCUGGACAGGUUCUUUGAGCAUGAGAAGGCCCACGAGAACAAACCUCUGGCCCAGGGCCCCUUGAAGGGCUUUCUGGAGGCACUGGGUAGGCUGCAGAAGAAGUUCUACUCCAAGGGCCUGCGGCUGGAGUGUCCAAUCCGCACCUACUUGGUGACAGCGCGCAGCGCAGCCAGUUCGGGGGCCCGGGCUCUCAAGACCCUGCGCAGCUGGGGCCUGGAGACGGAUGAGGCCUUGUUCCUUGCAGGAGCGCCCAAGGGCCCCCUCCUUGAGAAGAUCCGCCCACACAUCUUCUUCGAUGACCAGAUGUUCCAUGUGGCCGGGGCGCAGGAGAUGGGCACAGUGGCCGCCCAUGUGCCUUACGGUGUGGCACAGACGCCCCAGCAAACUGCGCCUAUGAAGCAGGCCCCAGGCGCACAGUAGCUGAGGCCCGAGACAGGCACAGCUCCCUGUCCGUACUCCACCACGUCGUCCAGUGGACCCUUCUAGUUCCUCACCGCUCUGUCCUUCUGCACGUCUGCCCUCAUCCCCACGAGUGAGGUACUUGCGGGGAGUGAUGCAGACCGAGCCGGCAUCCUCACCAGCCCUCCUUUUGGGCAAACACUGUGCCACGACCCCGGCUAGGAGAGUAAGACUGCAGAGUAGCUGGGUUUCGGGUGGGGGCGGUUGAUGGGAACGAGGCUGACAGUGUCAGAGGGGCCAGGCUGCCUCCAAGGGGACCUGGGAUGAAGACUAGCUCAGUGUGGUGCAGAGACCAUGGCUUUGCUAGAGAAGGCAUCCGGCUUCUGAGCUCUACCCGGCAUGAACUGAUGACUUUGGGUAAGUCCCUCCCUUUCAGGGGCCUCAGUUCCGGCGUCUUGUAGGUGGCUUCCAAACUCUCCUGGAGCUGCAGAAGCGUGGUUUAAUAAGAUCGCCCUGCCCGGGGCUGCUGCUAGACCAUAUGGUAUCUUUGUGCAGUUAGAGCAGAACAUUUCGAGAAUGAAUUUCAAAAAGAUGGCCCUUUGCUCUGGGCUGACCCAGACCCACACUGGGGUCCGCGGCUUGCUCAGCAGCACAUAACCUGUAACUCAGCCCCCAAGGGCUCCUCAGCUUGGAGGCCUUUGUCAAAUGGGCAAAAUGCACAACCGUCUGCAGAACCCUACCUCUAAUUCUGCACGUUUGGAAGCCACUGGACAAGAAGACCUGUCCGCUUCCCGUGAGCCUCUACUGUGAGUCACCCAUCAGGGGUCAGCUGCCAGGGGGCACGGUUUGUGGAAGGAGAGAGGCGUGAAUUUAACCUACACGCAAACUCUCCUUCCGCCAGCAGGGGGCACUGCAGGCUCUUCCCGGGGAAGAGCUUUCGGGAUGGCCUGCUCAGGGCUUCCUUUGCUUUUGCUUUUAGCCAAAGUUCAGUUGUUCUGCCUGCCAACCCCCUCACGUCAGCCCUCAGUCCUUCAGUUACUGCAUUCUGCUGUGCUGCCAAGCGGCUUUACCAGCGGGGAAGAGGGAGAGGGUUGGGGUUCACUGUUGUGGGCCCAAAUGCAGGGGAAGAAAGCUCAGUGGCUCAAGUGGGAGGGCGUCCUGCAUGCACCCAAGGGACGGUCUGCCCAAGGUGACGUGGGAAAGUCUGGUCUGAGGCAGUGACCCAUUAGACAGGAAGGAGCUGAAAGGUGCACUAGCAAGAUUCUCCAGCUGUGGGACUUUGAGUGGAAGGACUGAGCUCUCUGUCCCGGGAUGCUGCGCAAGGGACUCCAGAAUGAGGAGACCUCCCCCAGCAGUGCACCAGUGAAUCCUCCACCUUGCAGGAGCCUCUGCAGCCCCUUUGUCACCACUUCUAGGGGAGAGCUCUCACUCUUUGGUGAGUCAGCUUCCUCUUUUGCUAACGAGCCUGGCUCUCUCUGAAGGGAGGGUGGGGACACUGAUGGCUGGUCCCUCAGGAAGACUCAGAAAGGGUGAGCAGCCGUCUGUGAGGGCGACUGAUUGCCCGGCUCCCGGGGCAUCCCAGCUGUAAGCAAGCACUUUGUGAAGAAAGCCAAAGGUGCCAUCAUAGGGAGCAGGAGCCUGGAGGUGUGUGCAGGAGAGCUGGACCGCUGGUGAGGGUGGGAAAAAGAGGUGAAGGGCUACCUGGGGCCUAACCUUUGUCAUUUUGAGGACUCAGCACAGGAUCUGAGUGGGGCCAAGUUCUGGGUAGUGUAGGGCAGGAUAGUAGCUGCAGAAAGGAGGAAAAAGUGAGGAGACGGAGGUGGUUCGCAAAAUGAGCAACAGUUAGGGCCAGAAGAAGAGUGUCGGGCUGGGUUUUCACUCUCUGUGUGGAAGCUGGGCCUGGGAGGAAGGUCAAGGCCAUGAAGAGUUUCUGGGGCAGAUCCCACCACUGAUGGCCUUAUCACGGGAGGGGCAUAUGAUGAUGAUGUCUUUGUACAGGUCUUUCCAUCCACAGCCAGGAUACUUCUGGCCAAGAGAGGAGGCCUCAGGGCAGGGGGCCUGGUUUUGAGUUCUUCACUCUGCUCCAAGCCUGGCCAGAGAUACUGGGAGAGGUAAGAACAGCCUCUAGGAAAGAAAGUGAGAGUGAAAGUCAUCUUUGAUCUUGGGUGAGCCAUGAAAGGCCCUCUGUCCUUCCCCGAGUCAGAAUCACCCCCUUGGAUGAGCCUCUAGGGCUCACAGAGCCAGCCAAAGCCAUAAGCAGCCUGCUUAGCUGGCACAGUCGAGGUUCAUAGAAUGAUAUCAGUCUGCGUGACCAGAAUGGAUAUGUACAUUAGGCACCAGAUGGCGCCUAAUUAAGAUAAAUUCCAGGGAUUCUGAGAACCAAGAGGUCCUGCCUCCAGGACCUGGUGAUAAACAGCCCUGAUUCUUCCAGGUCUAUCAGGACGCAGAAAAAUAUGAUGCUGGAAGCAGAAAGAUAAGGUGCAGUAAAAGCUGUAGAUUUCACUUGAGCCACCAGUAAUAGAGAUAGACAGCCCUGGGCAGUGAGAGACACUAGGGUCCGGUUCUAUUAUUGAAACCGUAAAUGAACAUCUCGGGCCUGGAAAAAAGCUUUUGGUGGCUGGAGUAAAAAGCCAGAAUCCUGAGGGCAGGGGAGGCCGUGGCCAGACACAUGUUCUGGUUCUUUCCAGUGGUGAGGAGGAGCCCCAGGCAAGGAGCAUUGUUUAUUGGAUCCCCGGGCAAAUUAAAACGCCAGGUGAGCAUCACAGCCUGUACUGGACUGCAGCACUAGGGCGGGGGGCCACAGCUCCUGAAAUGCUGGACCCCAGGAAACCAAAGCACUGCUCCCCGACAAGUCCCUCCGAACGCUCCCCAGGAAAUGCUUGCCCACAAAACCCCAGACCCAAUGGAAACUGCCACUGAGCAGGAAAGCAAGCACUGUUCCUAGGCACUGAGACUUCGAGGAUCAUUGCAGAGCUGCUCCCUCCUUUCCCUGAGUGCCCAACCAGAAUGGCGGGGAUGUAGCAGGAACCACCAGGAGAAAUCAAAACCUGCGAGAAGCUCAAUUCCGAGUAGGAUCCGGCAUCAUAAUGAUAUUCAACUGGUGUGACUGGUGGGCACCCGAACACCAAACUGGUGAUUAAAACAUUGAAAUACCUCUGUAACAGUUGCUAAAUAGCGCUGGCCUGAGCCCCUGAGUGCCCCUCCGUGGCCUCCGCUGUGCUGUCUCCACUGUGACAACAACACCUUCCCACAAUUCAGCAAAAAGGGCGUCCUGGAGGUUGCACCAGCACAGUGGCCGUCGUCCGCUCUAUUUGCUCGUCUAGAGAGAGUAACUUGCCCAAAGUCACUCAGCGAGUGGCAGCACUGGCCAUGAGCCCAUGUCUGUCUCUUGGGACCCAGGCUCUCAGCCAUUCUGCCGUUCAGCCCAGACAGCAUACAGGAGGCAAGAGAAGCUUCGUGACAAGGGAGCUUGCCCAACAGUUAGCAUGUUGACCUCCUUCCCGUUAAACUGCUCUAAAACACGCGGGUGGGUACAUUGCUGUUGUAGUGUCCUAAAUAGCUAGGAAGAAUUUAAAUUAGAGCCAGACAUUUGCAGAACUGAAGCACCACCCAGGUUCUCUGGAACCCAGUUUGAAGGCCCUCAUAUGGGGCUCAUGCCGGCUUUGGCAAAUUAUGGGCCAAAUCUAGCUCACCACCUGUCUUUGUAAAGAAACUUGUUGGAACACAGCCAUGCCCAUUGGUUUUGCACACAGCAGCAGAGCUGAGUUGUUUCAACAGAGACCAAGAAGCUGAAAAUAUUUAUCUGACCCUGGGCGAAGGCAAACAUCCGCAGCCUGCCCCUUAGUGGGAGAGACCAGCUCAUACCCACCUGAGCACUGGAAGCAGAGGCUUGUUUCACCGCCAAGGGGGCAGCAUGUGCAGGCUCCGUGCCCAUCUGCAGGCAUUGUUAGGGCUGCAGAAAACGGCAGGCACCAGCUGAGUACCGUGAUGUUGAACACAACAGAUCCUUGGCAUCAGAGGAUUUCAGAUGUCAAGUUUUGACUCUUUCCAAGUGCCCCAUAGCCUGUUGUAAUUUGAAAUGUUGACUCAAAGUUGACUCGAGUGUGCCCUCCUCAGCUUCUGGGUGAGGGGCGGGGAGCAGGACCCCUGGCUAGGGCUGAGCCCAGCUGGCUGUCCUGCACCUGCUCGACGUGGCUUUGUUCUCAGCUCCUCAUUGCCCUCAUGGGGCCUCUUGGGAAGUGACAAGUGCUGGUAGAUGGAUGGGCUUUAGCUAAAUACCGAUUUUGGAUAAAAUGCAGUGCCCGAUGUUGACUUCAGCACUCCGAUCUAACAAGUCAUCCAUAUGCUCUCUGUGGAAGCAAGAACAAGUUCUUCAUGAAGACAGUUCCAGCGAGGGCUUUAGCUGGCCCAGAAGUUACCGAUUAAGCAAAAGAUAAAACUCCAGUGAAAGUCAAAAUGGCAAUCUUCUUGUGCUGUGUGGGUGUGAGCAACACACAUACCCUCAUGGUGGAACUGUGGAUCAGGAGAAAUCUAGGACCCUGCAGAUACAGGAGUUUACCCAGGUUCCAGGAUCCACUGCAAGAAAGGCAAGCGUGGAAGUGGUCCCACCUAUAGACACCACUGUUCCAUCAUGAUACUCUUGUCCCCUAAGCCCGGACUUGGCCUCAGAAUCCUUCUCAACCCAGCAUUCCAGGCAGCCCCUACCAGCAAGUCGUAGUUGGCACGGAAGAUGAAACCCUAUUUUGACAUCCCUUUUGGUGUUGGGUACUGCUUUCCAGAGGGCAUGCAAGGUCCUGAAUGUUCACUCUCUGAUGCCACGGUACCACUCAGGAUGUGGGGGUCUCACCCAACUCAGGCAGGACACAAAGAGGAGGGAGGAUGGCAUCCUGGGGUUGGCGGCUUCCCAGCACUGGGUGCCUAGCUAGGAAACCAUGGGUGUUCUCUGGGUUUCACGAUCUCAAAGCAAAGCAUGAAAACCCCUCCCAUCAGUAGGUGUCGCUAGAGGCCAGCACUCUGCUGCUGGCCAAAGCUCGUGGUUUUCUUCACUGGUUAAUUUUCUCUCCCGUGGUACUUGGUGCUGUGCUAGACUCCCUCGGGUAGCUUAGCCUAAAAGCACUACAGGUGCUCUGAAAAUCUCCUGUGUGACAGGCUGAUUGCUCUUACCAGCAACCACUGUGACUGCGUGUAUGGACACAUUCAUCAGUAUGUGCAACAGGAUAAAAGCUGCAUGUGUCCGUGUUUACGUGGGUGUGUAAUGUCUCAGAUAUCUCUGCUGACAACUGUGUGUGUGUGUGUGUGUGUGUGUGUGUGUGUACAGUGGACAGGAUGGUUAUCUCUGUUAACUAAGGAUCCUGGGCCCCACAUACUUACGGCCAGCCCUGUUUCCUCUUUCCUGGGACUGCUUCUGGCCAUUCCCAUCAUCUCAUGGCCAUUUGCACAUAGGCAGCAUGAGGGCCACUGAGGCCAAGUUCCUUAUCUUUCUUUCCAGCUUCCAGACUCUGGCCAGCAAGGUCUUGGCUCCUAACCCUCUGCCUCCCAGCUCUACCCCCUGCAGCCUUGGAAAGGAAGUGGCAGAAUCUGUGCUAGGACACCCCUUUUGGCUGCACCUGCCUCACCAUCUCCAUUUGUUUCUUUCCUCCUGCUGAUAGUCCCAGGGCCAACGUGUGCAGUUGGGCAGAUUGUAUACUGCACAAAUCCAGAUGGAGUCAUUCACACUAUGACUUGGGUGGAGCUUUCUAAACACCUGCAAAACCUGCCAGCCUCCCAUGGCUGCUCUGGUCAUCUCGUGGUCAUGGCUAGAAAAGUUGCCUUCUUCCCUGCCUCCCUGGCCCAGCCCAGCCUAGGCUGGGAUUCCUUCCUCUGCUUGGGUGUUCUAGUCUGGCCCAGAAGUGACUAACCCUUGACCGUGAUCAGGAAAUAUCUCCUUGAUACCUUUGGGAUUGAAUUUAGGAAAGUGAAGUAUGGCUGGCAACUUUUCAUUUACUCAUCUUUGCAGAGUUAGUGGUCCUUGUAAGACAAACUGAAGUUCUAGAGAGUAGGGUUACUGCCUUCCACACUCCUGGCCUGGGGGUGAAGAUGUCUUCAUGAGCCCGCUGGUCGGAUGGGGCUGCCACGGGAUUAGGGGAAAGGCCUCAAGGCUAAGCUUCGAGCUGCCACCAAGUCGAAAACUGUGAGGUCACCACAGACUGGAUGCCUAGGCCUGGUUGCAAACCCUGAUGCCUCCCAGGGGCAGGUGGGAGACGUCAGUGAGCGGGGAGAUGAGGCUGGGUCUUAGGGUAAUGGAGCACACACCCGCUGUUGUCUGACACGGUUGCUGCCAUGUGGGAAUGUGUGGUGCUCUUGCCAGAUAGUCCACCCCAGUUUUCAAGGGAAGCUGAAAAUCUGGACUUUCAAAUGUUGGCAACUAUUUUGAAUUUGGAAAGCCUCAUGCAGGCCAAACAAAACACGUCUGGCAGGCUACAGCCAGCCCUGGAGUCUCCUGUCUGCACCCUCUGGCCCAGGCCCAGUGAACUGAGUUCUUCAGAACCGAUUAACUGAGCGUGUGAGGAUAUUACCCUCAGGCUCACAGAAUUUGGGGUCUCUAAGAGACCUCAGUGAUAUCCUAGUUAAUCCCUGUGUGUUUUAAACUGUGUACAUAUAAAGUUCUUUAUUAACACAAGUAUCUUUAGCUUCUGGUUUCUACUUAAAAGCAUCUCAGUCCCCGCCCCCCACCUCCAGUGAAGAAGAAGAUGGAAAGUGAAGCCUUACACAUAGUGUGCUUGUAUCUACCUGUCAGAAGCCCUAUUUAUAUCUUUAUAGGUCUAUUUAUAUCUUUAGCGAACACGGGCUGCCCUGGUCUUCUUUACAACCUAACCUCCUUGGGGUUGCUUUUUAUGGUAAAUCUCCUAAGUGCCUCCUUAAACGGUUGGAGCAUGUGCUUCUUCAUCUAUGUGAGUUCCGUUGUCUGAAGAGGGGGUAAGACAGCUCAUACCUCCUCAGUUCUGCCCCUUCUUGGUCUGCAGUCAGCCCUCCCCACGCCCCCGCUCAGUCUGGCUCCUGGCACUUACGCGGUCACAUGAUAGAGGGUGCUGCGGGCUUCUCAUUCCUCAUGCUUGUCCUGUAGCUGAAGUUCACAACGUGGGCUUCUGCCUCUUAAAAGCCAUUCAA